AUGGCGUUGUUAGGGUUGGUUUGUUACCCAGUGAGGCACGAAAGUGCCAGGCCAUGGUUAGGAAAAUCUCUGCCGCUCUGGAAGUUGGUCUCUAGGUGCUUGUCCGACAAAGGCUGGGCUAACCUAUUUGGCGUCCAAUGCGCUCUGGCAGACGUCAUCGCUCGUUUCGCGCUGGCCGUCACGCAAACUGAGCCCUCGGCCUGGACCAUCGGCCUCGUCGAAGUGAGGCUUGAGUUGCUUUAUGGCUACUGGAGCGACUUUCAGGCCAAUCAUCUGAGGCUCAUCGAGACGCCUCCUCCCGAGAAGCAGGAGUCACUAACCCAAAUGUACUUGACAUCGGAGGCUGAGUACAUAGAGUCACGCGCCCACCUCUACAACGCGAGGAGCACCCUCGCACCACCCCCUGGCAACAGUGGAGCGGGCCCCGGGCGCGCUACAUCGAGUUGUGGACCCCGCCUGCCCCGAAUUAUGCAUGACGAUCAACAGCUCACCGAUGUCGAGCGACUGUUUUACUUAAAGUCUCUCGUGGAGGGCAAUGCCAAAACAGCCCUCGACGCGAUCCAGAUCGUGGGUGCCAACUACUCGACCGCUUGGGCCGCGCUCGAGGCAUGGUUUGAACACCGCCGUCUCUUAGUACACGACCAUCUAACGGUACUACGCAACAUCAGGCCUUUAAGGGACGAGUCGGCCAGAGGUCUGCGGAGCCUUCUUAAUACGCUGGGUCGCCAGUUGCAAGCUUUGGGCCGUCCUGUCCUCCAGUGGGAUGACUGGCUGAUCUCUUGUGCCAUGACCAGCAUGGACCCAACUACCUGGCGUGCCUGGGAAGACGAGCUCGAGCGGCUCGUGGGCACCGACGCAAGGGCUGGAAUUGAGACUGCGACUUUCACCGCCAUGACGAACUUCCUUUACCGACAGUGCCGCGCUCUCAGCUCCAUUGAGCUGAGUGGGCCGUCCGGCCGGCGCGCGACAGUCCGAGCCCUCCUCGAUGCGUGCUCCGAGGUCACGAUCAUCUUUGCGAACCUGGCGCGAUGGCUCAACGCCACACUGGAGCACACCAAUGCGUGCAUUUCCGGAGUAGGAGAUGAGUCGGUCGUCUGCUUGAGAAUUCGGGCCCAUCUGUACAUCGACCCGGGCAGAGAUGCGCCGCCGAUAACCUUGGCGGCACUCUGCUUACCUCAGCUCGGGCUUGUACCGCCGUCCGCUCCUCUGCACCCAUCCGUGGCCAAGCAGUGGCUAGAUCUUCAGCCUCUGGCCAUCCCCGCAUUUGGUACACCUAGUAGUGUGGACCUGCUCCUUGGUGCCGACGUCUACAGCCAUAUAUUGAGGGCGGAAUGCGUCCGGCGGGGCGACAUUAUCGGUCAGCACACGAUCUUCGGCUGGACCCUCGUCGGCCGUGCUCCUGGCCUGCAGCCAGCAUCUUUUACUGUUGGCUCAACACUGCACAUGGACGGAGCACCGUCUUGGCAUCGCGAGCUGGCUGCGCUGCUGCAGCGCUUUUGGAAGCUCGAGGAAGUACCGCAAGUCAGCCGCCGCGCUCCAGAGGACAUUGAGUGCGAGCGCAUCUUCCUUAAUCACCAUCGUGCUUCGGAUGGCCGCUAUGUCGUUAGUCUGUCAUUGAAGAGCGACAGUGCGCGGCUGCUCGGCAACAGCCUGCAGAGUGCCACGGCCGCCCUUUACUCGUUGCAUCGUCGCCUCCAGCGGACCCCAGCGAUGUGUGCUGAGUAUGUGCAAUUUAUGGCAGAAAACAUCGCUCUGGGCCACAUGAGGCCACUGCCUGACGAUCUGCGCACGGCAUCGCCCCAACCAGUGCACUAUAUCCGAUAUCAUGGCAUCUGGCAGAGCAGCGAUAAGGGCCGCAGGCUUCGCGUCGUGUUCAACGCCUCGAAACCGACAUCGAGCGGCUACAGCCUAAACGGCGUCCUCUUCGCGGGUCCUACGCUGCAGACCGCGCUCCCUAUCGUGCUCCUACGCUGGCGGCGACACCGAAUCACCUUCUGCAGCGACGUCCGCAUGAUCAGCUGUGUGAGGACGAAGGACGCCGUUGGCCCGAGGCAGUUCCCAUUGGUGGUAAACGACCGCUACGUCGACGACAUAAUCUCCGGUGCCGACGACAUCGCCAUGGCUCGACAUAUUCGUGACCAGCUAAUCGAACUUCUGCAAUCCGGCGGGUUUCCUCUGCGCAAGUGGGUAGCCAAUGUGCCCGAGCUGCUGGACGACCUCCCUGACGACGUGCACCUGCGGCCCACUUGGUGUCAGCUUGGCGCCGAAGGUCUCGUUAGUGAGGUCGGUGUGAGCUGGGACCCACCGUCAGAUUGCUUUCUGCUAACACCUCCCCUCAUACAGCACCAAACCACCAAGAGGACCAUGCUCGCAGCGCUCGCGGGCCUGUUUGAUUCAUGCGGUUGGCUUGCGCCGAUCGCGCUGAACGCCAAACUCCUGCUGCAAGACUUAUGGCGAGCUAACCUGGACUGGGACGAGUCUGCUCAGUCGUCCAUGAUUCAAAGAUGGACUGCCUUUGCCGCCGAGCUCCAAGCCAUCUCCGGUAUAUCCCUGCCUCGUUUGAUCGGAACGGUCGCGUCAGCGGACAUUCACCUGCACGUAUUUUCCGAUGCCAGCCGCCGCGCGAUGGCUGCUGUCCUGUACUCUAGACUCCAAGCCGCGGACGGUUCUGUCCGCUGCCACAUUCUCCUCGCUCGCACGAAGCUGGCACCCAUCCGCACUCUUAAGCCAAUGGCCGAGCCCGUGGCCCGGAUAACCAUUUCUCGCUUGGAGCUCCGCGCCGCCCUGCUGGCUGCUAAGCUUCUGCGCUCGUCGGCCGAAGAACUAGCAGUUCCGAUUGAGCGCUGUCACGCCUGGUGCGACUCGCAAAUUGUGCUGCACUGGGUUCGCUCCGAUCAGCUAACCAACAACGCCCUCGUCGACAACUACGUGGCCCAGAUACAGGACACGCUACCCUCGAGCGCCUGGCGGUACGUGCCGUCGCAGUCCAAUCCAGCCUACGUGGCCACUCGAUGCGCGGACAUGUCCGGUCUCAGACAACAACUUCUGUGGUGGUACGGUCCGCCGUGGCUCGCCGACAACGACCGAGCCUGGCCCCAGGAAGCACUUCAAGAGGUGACACCCCUGCCGUUGGCCUGCUAUGCCACCCGUCUGGCUGAGCCGAGCAUACUUGAACGAUAUUCCAAGCUUCACACUCUACUCGUCGUUCUCGUGCGCACUCGUCGGUGGGUCCGGUGCCAGUUGCGUCGCCCACCUGUCCUGCCGGUGCUCUCACCACUGACUCCCACCGAGCUUCAAGAUUCCUUCCUGGCCUGCGUCCGUUUGAGCCAAUCGGAAACGUUCGGCGAAGAGCGCGCGCGUUUGCAGAACGGCGAGCGAUUGCCAAAAGGGAACCCUUUGACUUCUCUUGCGGCUUUUCUCGACACCAACGGCGUUCUGAGCGUCGGCGGGCGGCUGGGUUUCUCCUCGCCACCUUACGAAGAGCGGCAUCCACCGAUCCUUAGCGGAGCCUCAUCGCUCGCCUCGCUGGUCCUUUCUUGGGCCCAUACUCGAGCUCUUCACGGCGGAUACAAGGUCACUAGCGCCUACACGGCCAAGCGUGCAUGGAUUCUCGGUGGCCCACGCAGAAUCAAGGCUCAAUUGCGGCGGUGCGUCGUAUGCUCCCGACUCCAGGCUCGCUCCGCGACCCAGAUGAUGGCCUCCUUACCAGCUUCACGAGUCACACCUUCCGGCGCUUUUGGCCGCACGGGUGUCGACUACGCCGGGCCUUUUUCAGUACUGGCGUCAAAAGGACGAGGCAUACGCACUACGAAGGGUUACAUCGCCGUCUUCGUGUGCAUGACGACAAAGGCGCUACACCUCGAGCUCGUCGGUGAUCUCUCCACAGCCGCCUUCCUGGGCGCUCUCGCUCGGUUCACCGGUCGUCGCGGUCGACCCUCUGAACUCUGGAGCGACAAUGCCACUUGCUUUCGCCGCGCUGAUCUGGAGCUGCGCGAGGCGUUACAAAUUUCGGAGAUCGACUGGGACCUCGUUGCCGGCUCUCUCACUUCGCAAGUUAUCGCUUGGAACUUCAUCCCUCCUGGAGCUUCACAUUUCGGCGGACUCUGGGAAGCCGCCGUCAAGUCAGUCAAAGGCCACCUUCGACGCGUUAUGGGCUCCCGUCACCUGACCUACGAGGAAUUCUCCACCGUACUAGUUGGGAUUGAGAUGGUGCUCAACGGAAGGCCCUUGACACCGCUCUCCGGCGACCCUUCCAACCUCGAGGUACUGACAGCAGGCCACUUCCUUGUUGGAGCCCCACUCGAUUCCAUCAUCCAGCUCAGGCCUCCCACUGAGAACUUGGACGCUUUCUUACAUUGGGACCUCAGGCCGAAGUGGACCGUUGCUCGCCGAAGUUUUGCCGUCGGUGACUUCGUCAUCCUACUGGACGCCACCCUCCUCCAAUCGAGCGGUCGUUGGCCGCUAGGUCGCAUCAUUCGCGCCCAGCCUGGUCCUGCUGGAUUGGUGCGCGCGGUCACCGUGAAGACAGCGACUGGCGAGUACGUGCGACCGGUUGUCAAACUGGCCCUGCUUCCCGUAGCGAGCCCCGGUCCACCAACGCCACCCCCUAAUGGUCAAGAAGGCCGACCCGCCUUGGCGGGCGGCGACUAG